CUUGCAGCACAAGCACCCACUUGUGCGGGUGCACAGACCACCAGUACCAAAUUGUGGGCCCCACACAACGCUUGGCACCCACGCUCCGCCCGUCGUACUUUUGCACGUCUUGCCUUUUGUCGAAUUCUUGAAAUUCCUCCUCCCGUCCUUCCAAUCGACAGCAACAUCUUGAGAACCGUAUCACUCAAGACACCGCCAAGAUGGUCAAGAAGAGAAAGAACAACGGCCGCAACAAGAAGGGCCGCGGCCACGUCAAGCCCAUCCGCUGCUCCAACUGCUCGCGAUGCACUCCCAAGGACAAGGCCAUCAAGCGCUUCACCAUCCGCAACAUGGUUGAGUCCGCUGCCAUCCGUGAUAUCUCGGAUGCCUCGGUGUUCGCUGAGUACACGGUUCCCAAGAUGUACCUCAAGCUGCAGUACUGCGUCUCUUGCGCCAUUCACGGCAAGAUUGUCCGUGUCCGUUCCCGCGAGGGCCGCCGCAACCGCGCUCCUCCCCCGCGUGUCCGCUACAACAAGGACGGCAAGAAGGUCACCCCUACCCAGGGUGCUAAGACCGCCUAAAUCAGGCGACCUUGACAGCGACUUCCUUGCGAAACACCAGCUUCGGGGUUAACAGGCGUUUUCUGCAUUGGUCGGCAUUUCGAUUUUCUGGGGGGUAUAUGGAUUGAACACAAGGCCGAAAGGCAAAUGAUAUCAUGACAUGGCGCUUUUUUUGCAUAGGAGCAAAGGAGCUGGCAACCACCGGAUACACAAACGGAAUCGGAAUGGCAUGGGUUCCUUCGAUCAGCAAAGGGAUACCAGGCCAAUAGUCUACCAAUAAUGAGCACCUGUUGAUGAACAA